AGAAGUGUUGGAGGGGAUGGAAUAGGACAUCCCUAUUUUCAUUCAAGAAUCCCCCAUGUGGCAGCUUUGUAGUAUAACAAUAAAUAAUAAUAAUAAUAAUAAUAAUAAUAAUAAUAAUAAUAAUAAUAAUGUGUUGCAUGAAGCUCCAGGAAGGCUGCUCUUCUUUAGACCUGCCUCCUGGUUCCCCCUCUCCUGCUCUUCCUCUUCCUUUCAGAUUUGCUCAGCGGGAAGCAGAAUCUCUUCCAAUUUCAGUUGGAUGAGGAGCUCCUCUCUGGAGAAUGACCUGUUUAUCCGUGCGCAACUUUGGGAACUGGUGAGCUCUUUCCCUGGCCUUUUUGGGUACCCUCUGUUCCAACUCCCUGGGGGCUUGGAGAAGGGUGGGAAGACCCUCCAAACCGCUUAUUGGAUUUUGGGGUGCCCCUCUUUGCACCCACCCCAAACCAUGGAAGAGAAGGAAAGCUCUCCCAGUCUCCGUUGGGGGAAUCGGAAACUCUGGGUAGCCGUGGCGGCGAUGGAGUUUUCCGCCAUCCUCAUCUUGUUGGCCGGACUGGCUCAUUUUGCUGCGCACCACGAAAGGGCAACGGAGACAGAGAACAGGGGAGAGGGCAGCAGCAGCAACAGCAGCAGUUUGGCCUCCCUGGGCAGAGUGAACCAGACCCUGCAAGCCGCGGUAAAGCGCUGGGAGUUGUGCCAGAACCACACGAGAGCUCUAGAAGCCAACACCUCCAGCCUGAGCUCCGAAAUGACCCAGAUCAAGACCCACUUGCGCCUGAAGGAAUUCAAAAUUAAAGGCCUGGAAGAUGAGGUCGCGCUCCUGAAAAACUGGACACAGAUGCUGCAAGAUGUAAAGAAACACCAGGAGGAAAUCAUCGCCCAUCUUCAGCAGCAGCAAAGGAGGCUGCCAGCCAGCAGUGGAAUUCCUCCCUAUGGCGACCUAACGUCUCUCGGGCUCACAAUGGCCGUGGUACUCCUGGUUUGAGGAGCAGGAGAACACUAUCAAGAGGCAGAGAUGCCCGCUGUCAUUCAAAUCGGUAGAUCGCCAAUCAAUACAUAACAGCAAACUUAUUAGGUCCUAGCCUGAAAAUGAUGUUGUUGUUGUUGUUUAGUCGUGUCCAACUCUUCGUGACCCCAUGGACCAGAGCACGCCAGGCACUCCUGUCUUGCACUGCCUCCUGCAGUUUGGUCAAACUCAUGUUCGUAGCUUCGAGAACACUGUCCAACCAUCUCGUCCUCUGUCGUCCCCUUCUCCUAAUGCCCUCCAUCUUUCCCAACAUCAGGGUCUUUUCCAGGGAGUCUUCUCUUCUCAUGAGGUGGCCAAAGUAUUGGAGCCUCAGCUUCAGGAUCUGCCCUUCCAGGGAGCACCCAGGGCUGAUUUCCUCCAGAAUGGAUAGGUUUGAUCUUCUUGCAGUCCAUGGGACUCUCAAGAGUCUCCUCCAGCACCAUAAUUCAAAAGCAUCCAUUCUUUGGCGAUCAGCCUUCUUCAUGGUCCAGCUCUCACUUCCAUACAUCACUACUGGGAAAACCAUGAUGGGGAAAAAUGAUGUACAGAUGGUAUUUAACACCACCUAAACUUGCUAAAACGUACAAGACGAGAACCAAUGAGUGUUGGAAAUGUAAAGAAAGGGAAGGUAUUUUCUACCACAUCUGGUGGCCUUGCAAAGAGGUGAAGGCUUUCUGGGAAAUGAUAUAUGAUGAGUUAAAGAAAAUAUUUGAAAAUAUUUUUGUUAAAAAAAACCCAGAAGCCAGUUAAAAUCUGAAGAAGUGUGCAUGCACACAAAAGCUCACACCAAAAUAAAAACUUAGUUGGUCUUGAAGGUGCUACUGAAGGAAUUUUUUUAACAAUAAAAUGCUUAAGGAGGUUUGGAAGGCAAUACGAUGUUUAGAGAGAUGCAACAAGUAAAUAAGCAGAAUGUGUUCCAUGUCUGUAAGAAAAGAAUGGUGGUUGUUAAUGAUAUGAAGGGUGUAAUAUGUCUGGUAGAUUGUGUUAACAUUUUUUGAUUUAUUUGGUUAUUUGUAAUGGGUAUGGGGGUAAAAGUGGAAACUAAUAAAAAUUAUAUCACAAAAAACCCAUUUUAUUGGGUAUAGUGGGUGAAGAGGUACCAAGGGAAGAAUAAGAGUCUUAUGUUCUACCAACUGAGCUGUCGAAGAGUCUAGUAAACUACCUUCGUCAGGAAUAAAAUCUCUCUGUAUCUUCCAACAGGACAGUUACAGUCUCUCGAACUAUAAUCUCCCUCGCAGGGUUGUUGUGAGGAGGAAAAGCUGGGGGUGUUGCAGAGAACUAUCGACACCAGCUUGAACCGUUUGCAGGGGAGGCGGGAACGAAGGAGAAGGAUAAAGGCAUGCAGAAAAAUAUAAUAAAACAAUGAACAGAUAAUACGAACUCUUGGAUUGAAGCAAAGCUUCAGGGAGAGGAGUUCGAGAUCUCUUAUCUUACGCAGUAAGUGAGAUGUCAAGCAAGACUUCAUGGAUUCACCCAAAUUAGAAUUGGGGGCCGCAGUGAUAUAUAUAUAUA